GCUAGGACUAGGACGCAGGCAGGCGCCGCCAGCCGCACUUCGGCUCCGGGGGCUGUCUCUGGCGGCCAGGGGGAGCCCCUGAACAAACUUUGUGAGGCGCGAGGGUGCAUCGUGGGGCAGCCGCGGGAGGGAACGAGAUCCGCCUCUGGAAGAUGGGCAGCUCCCACCGGCAUGCGUGAACGGACCUGAAGGACAGACCCGAAUGAACUGUAGCCCCAAGCCCCAGCUUUGUUGAACAUGAAUGGGACGGCCAAUCUGAACUCGGCCAGCCGCCCUCAUUAUGCCUCCUCCAUCCCUGUGCCUCGAGCCGCUUCCCAGACCAAGAUCCAUGCCCUGGCAGCAUCACCUCAAUUGCGUCCCCGCCAACACAGCCUCGUGCCCAGCCCCCAACGGGCAGCCUCACCAAGACUGGGAAAGGCAGUAGGCAGCCCCAACAGCUCCUCACCCAAGACUCCCAGAGGAAGAGGCUCUGCCAAAACUUCUGGGGGGCUGAAGGAGUCCUCCCUCCCCCGACAGGAGAGGCCUGAAGCAGCAGAGGGUUAUGAGGGACACUCAAGCCAGAGUCUGAGUUCUCCAUGGAGCAGUCCCAAGGUAACUCCCAAAGCACUUUCCGGUUCCAGGGUUGGACCCAGGAGGACUGAGGAGGUCCAAGUCACUGGGGGCAAGAAGAAGAGGACACCAGAAGGGAUCAGGGCUUCCCAAGCCCAGAGCAGGAGUCCAUCUCGGAUCAGCUCACAUAGAGACACACCUGGAGCUUCGGAGAGCAGGAAACCUUUGAGCUGCCAGGACAAAGACCAAGAAGUGAACUUGAAAGGUUCUGGCCUCUCCAGACCCCUUGGGCCUGAGGAUGGAUCUCCACAUGAGCUACAUUCAGGGCCUUCCACCUCAGGCAUCGGUCUGGUGCAUAGCAAAGGAUCUUCCCCUAGCCUGGGGACCAUCAGCUUCUCCUCAGCCUCCCAACACCCUAAUCAUCCUGUCACUGCCACAGUGGCCCCCUUCCAGUACAGGUUGCAAGGUUGUCAAGACACUGACCCCCUACCCCAAGAUGGUUGUGCCUUUGAAGACUACCCCAGUCCUUCUGAUGGAUCUGAAGACAACUUCCCCAGCUUGGACGCCCGGAUCUUCAAUGCGUUCCUGGCGGGCAGGAUGCUGGGCACCUCCCUCAAGAGCCUGCAGUCCGAUGUGGAACUGAGCGGCGGCGAGGGCUCGGAAGAGCUCCGCGGCUUCUGCAAGAAGGCAGGCGAGGGCAAGAGCAUGAUGCCCAAGCGGGCCAAGCCUCCCGGCGGCGGCGUGGCCAAGGCCAGCGCCGGGGAGCUGAAGGUCUUCAAGUCCGGCAGCGUGGACAGCCGGCCCCCGCCGCCGCCGGCCUCCAACCUUCGCAAGCAGAAGUCCCUCACCAACCUCUCCUUCCUGACGGACUCAGAGAAGAAGAUGCAGCUCUACGAGCCCCAGUGGAGCGACGACAUGGCCAAGACGCCCAAGGGCUUCGGCAAGGGCGGGCCCAAGGGCCGCGAGGCUCCCCUCAUGUCCAAGACGCUCUCCAAAUCGGAACACUCACUGUUUCAGGCCAAGAUGACCUCCGGCGGCGGCGGGGUAGCCAAGCCCCCCUUGGCCCCUCUGGCCCCGGGCCUGGGCAAGCCGAGCCGGAUCCCCCGGGGGCCCUACGCUGAGGUGAAGCCCCUCAGCAAGGCCCCGGAGGCCGGUGUCAGCGAUGACAGCAAGUCCGACGACGAGCUUCUGUCCAGCAAGGCCAAGGGGCAGAAGGGGGCACCGCCACCACCCGCUGGCAAGGGCCAGGAGGAGCGAGCCUUCCUCAAGGUUGAUCCCGAGCUGGUAGUGACUGUGCUGGGAGACCUGGAGCAGCUGCUUUUCAGCCAAAUGUUGGACCCAGAAUCCCAGAGAAAGAGGACAGUUCAAAAUGUCUUGGACCUUCGACAGAACCUGGAGGAGACUAUGUCUAGCCUGAGAGGUUCCCAGGUAACUCACAGUUCCCUGGAGAUGACCUGCUAUGACAGUGACGAUGCCAACCCCCGCAGUGUGUCCAGCCUCUCCAACCGCUCCUCCCCACUCUCUUGGCGCUAUGGACAAUCCAGCCCCCGCCUGCAGGCUGGUGAUGCGCCAUCAGUGGGUGGGAGCUGCCGCUCCGAGGGCCCUCCAGCUUGGUACAUGCAUGGCGAGCGAGCCCACUAUUCUCACACCAUGCCUAUGCGAAGUCCCAGCAAACUCAGCCACAUUUCCCGCCUUGAGCUCGUGGAGUCUUUGGAUUCUGAUGAGGUUGGCCUCAAAUCUGGCUACAUGAGUGACAGUGACCUCAUGGGCAAGACCAUGACAGAGGACGACGACAUCACCACAGGUUGGGAUGAGAGCAGCAGUAUCAGCAGCGGGCUCAGCGAUGCCUCAGACAACCUCAGUUCCGAAGAAUUCAAUGCCAGCUCCUCGCUCAAUUCCCUCCCCACCACCCCCACUGCUUCUCGAAGGAAUUCAACCGUAGUGCUCCGCACAGACUCAGAAAAGCGCUCACUGGUGGAGAGUGGGCUAAGCUGGUUCAGCGAGUCUGAGGAGAAGGGGCCCAAGAAACUGGAAUACGACAGUGGCAGCCUUAAAAUGGAGCCCGGGACUUCCAAGUGGAGGCGAGAGCGGCCAGAGAGCUGUGAUGAGACCUCCAAGGGUGGAGAGCUAAAGAAGCCCAUCAGCCUAGGACCACCAGGGUCCCUGAAGAAGGGCAAGACCCCGCCGGUGGCUGUCACCUCACCCAUCACCCACACAGCCCAGAGUGCCCUCAAAGUAGCAGGCAAACCUGAAGGGAAGGCUGCAGACAAAGGCAAACUCUCAGUGAAGAAUACUGGGCUGCAGCGCUCCUCCUCAGAUGCUGGCCGGGACCGCCUCGCAGAUGCCAAAAAGCCCCCCUCAGGCAUUGCCCGACCCUCCACCUCAGGCUCCUUUGGCUAUAAGAAGCCUCCCCCGGCCACAGGCACAGCCACUGUCAUGCAAGCAGGUGGCUCAGCCACUCUAAGUAAGAUCCAGAAGUCAUCGGGCAUCCCCGUCAAGCCAGUGAAUGGGCGUAAGACCAGCCUGGAUGUCUCCAACAGCACCGAGCCCGGAUUCAUGGCUCCUGGGGCCCGCACCAACAUCCAAUAUCGCAGUCUGCCCCGACCAGCCAAGUCCAGUUCCAUGAGCGUGACCGGCAGGAGUGGACCCCGUCCUGUGAGCAGCAGCAUUGAUCCUAGUCUCCUUAGUACCAAACAGGGAGGCCUCUCAACCUCAAGGCUAAAGGAACCUUCAAAGGUUCCGGGGGCUCGGACUACCCCGGCCCCAGUAAACCAGACAGACCGGGAAAAGGAGAAAGCCAAGGCCAAGGCAGUGGCCUUGGACCCAGACAAUGUUUCCUUGAAGAGCAUCGGCUCGCCAGAGAGUACCCCUAAGAAUCAAGGGAGCCACCCACCAGCCACCAAGAUUGCAGAGCUGCCACCAACCCCACUCAGGGCUACAUCCAAGAGUUUUGUUAAGCCUCCCUCUUUGGCCAACUUGGACAAGGUCAAUUCCAACAGUCUGGACCUCCCAUCUUCCAGUGAAGUCCAUGCCCCCAAGAUCCCGGAUCUCCAUCCCACAGGCUCGGCAGCGGGUGCUCCCCUCCCCACUUGCUUCACUCCCAGCCCAGCACCCAUCCUCAAUAUUAACUCAGCCAGCUUCUCUCAGGGCCUGGAGCUUAUGAGCGGCUUCAAUGUCCCCAAGGAACCCCGCAUGUAUCCCAAGCUCUCUGGCUUGCACAGGAGUAUGGAGUCGCUCCAGAUGCCAAUGAGCCUGCCCAGUGCCUUCCCCAGCAGUACCCCUGCCCCCACCACGCCUGUACCCCCUGCUGCACCCCCAGAGGAAGAGGCAGGGGAGCUGACCUGGAGUGGGAGCCCAAGAGCUGGGCAGUUGGAAAGUAAUCAGCGAGAUCGGAAUACACUUCCCAAGAAGGGGCUCAGGUAUCAGCUGCAGUCCCAAGAGGAAAACAAGGAGCGGCGGCACUCACAUACCAUCGGGGGCCUGCCCGAGUCAGAUGACCAGUCAGACCUGCCUUCGCCACCUGCCAUCUCCGUGUCUUUGAGUGGAAAGGGCCAGCUCACCAACAUAGUGAGUCCCACUGCUGCCACUACGCCAAGAAUCACCCGCUCCAACAGCAUCCCCACCCACGAGGCGGCCUUCGAGCUAUACAGCACCUCCCAAAUGGGAAGCACCCUGUCCCUGGCCGAGAGACCCAAGGGGAUGAUUCGGUCAGGAUCCUUCCGAGACCCCACGGACGACGUUCAUGGUUCUGUGCUGUCGUUGGCUUCCAGUGCCUCCUCUACCUACUCUUCAGCUGAGGAGAGGAUGCAAUCUGAGCAAAUCCGGAAACUGCGCCGGGAGCUGGAAUCAUCACAGGAGAAAGUGGCCACUCUGACAUCUCAGCUGUCUGCCAAUGCUAACCUGGUGGCUGCCUUUGAACAGAGCCUGGUAAACAUGACAUCCCGUCUACGGCACCUAGCAGAGACAGCAGAGGAAAAGGACACAGAGCUGCUGGAUUUGCGAGAGACUAUAGACUUCCUGAAGAAGAAGAACUCUGAGGCUCAGGCUGUCAUCCAAGGAGCUCUUAAUGGAACAGACGUCACACCCAAGGAGCUUCGGAUCAAGAGACAGAACUCUUCAGACAGUAUUUCCAGCCUCAACAGCAUCACCAGUCACUCCAGCAUAGGUAGCAGCAAGGAUGCCGAUGCAAAGAAGAAGAAGAAAAAGAGUUGGGUCUAUGAGCUCCGUAGCUCCUUCAACAAAGCCUUUAGCAUCAAGAAGGGCCCCAAGUCAGCCUCUUCUUACUCUGACAUCGAGGAGAUCGCCACACCUGACUCCUCGGCCCCAUCUUCACCCAAACUGCAGCACGGCUCCACUGAGACUGCCUCACCAUCCAUCAAGUCCUCUAAUUCCUCCUCUGUGGGCAUUGAUGUCACUGAGAUGUUCCAUGCCAACGAGGAAGAGGAGGAACCAGAAAAGAAAGAGGUAUCUGAGCUGCGUUCAGAGCUGUGGGAGAAGGAGAUGAAGCUCACAGACAUCCGACUGGAAGCUCUCAACUCUGCCCACCAACUGGAUCAGCUCCGGGAGACUAUGCACAACAUGCAGCUGGAGGUGGACCUUCUAAAGGCAGAAAAUGACCGGCUGAAGGUGGCCCCAGGUCCCUCAUCUGGUUCGACCCCGGGGCAGGCCCCCGGUUCAUCUGCUGCCUCAUCCCCACGUCGUUCCCUGGGUCUCGCCCUAGCCCAUUCCUUCAGUCCUAGCCUCACAGACACAGAGCUGUCUCCCAUGGAUGGCAUCAGCACCUGUAGCUCAAAAGAAGAAGUAACCCUUCGAGUAGUAGUCCGAAUGCCACCUCAGCACAUCAUCAAAGGGGACUUAAAACAGCAGGAGUUCUUCCUGGGCUCAAGCAAGGUCAGUGGUAAAAUUGACUGGAAGAUGCUGGAUGAGGCCGUUUGCCAAGUAUUCAAGGACUACAUUACCAAAAUGGACCCAGCUUCUACACUGGGCUUAAGUACCGAGUCAGUCUAUGGCUACAGCAUCAGCCAUGUGAAGCGGGUGCUGGAUGCUGAGCCUCCAGAGCUGCCACCUUGCCGUCGAGGUAUCAACAGCAUCGCUGUCUCACUCAAAGGUCUAAAGGAGAAGUGUGUUGACAGCCUGGUAUUUGAGACACUGAUCCCCAAGCCCAUGAUGCAACACUACAUAAGCCUUCUUCUCAAGCACCGACGUCUCAUCCUCUCCGGCCCCAGUGGCACAGGCAAGACCUACCUGACCAACCGGUUGGCUGAGUACCUAGUGGAACGCUCAGGCCGAGAGGUCACAGAGGGCAUCGUUAGCACCUUCAACAUGCACCAGCAGUCUUGCAAGGACCUGCAGUUAUACCUCUCCAACCUAGCUAACCAGAUUGACCGAGAGACAGGCAUCGGGGAUGUGCCCCUGGUGAUUCUGCUGGAUGAUCUGAGUGAGGCGGGAUCCCUCAGCGAACUAGUUAAUGGAGCUCUUACCUGCAAAUACCACAAAUGCCCCUAUAUCAUAGGUACCACCAAUCAGCCUGUGAAGAUGACCCCUAACCAUGGCCUGCACUUGAGCUUCAGGAUGCUGACAUUUUCCAACAACGUGGAGCCAGCCAAUGGCUUCCUAGUGCGUUACCUGAGGAGGAAGCUGGUAGAGUCAGACAGCGAUAUCAAUGCCAACAAGGAAGAGCUUCUUCGGGUGCUGGACUGGGUGCCUAAGCUGUGGUAUCAUCUCCAUACUUUCCUAGAGAAGCACAGCACUUCAGACUUCCUCAUAGGCCCAUGCUUUUUCUUGUCCUGUCCAAUUGGCAUUGAGGACUUCCGCACUUGGUUCAUUGACCUAUGGAACAACUCCAUCAUUCCUUACCUGCAGGAAGGGGCCAAAGAUGGGAUCAAGGUCCACGGACAGAAAGCAGCUUGGGAAGACCCAGUAGAGUGGGUCCGAGACACCUUGCCUUGGCCCUCAGCCCAACAGGACCAAUCAAAGCUGUAUCACCUGCCUCCGCCUAGUGUGGGCCCUCACAGCACAGCCUCACCCCCCGAGGAGAGAACUGUUAAGGACAGUACCCCCAGCUCUCUAGAUUCAGACCCUCUGAUGGCCAUGCUGCUGAAGCUACAGGAAGCUGCCAACUACAUCGAGUCUCCAGACAGAGAAACCAUCCUGGACCCAAACCUCCAGGCCUCACUUUGAGGACCUAGCCACCGCUGUUGCCCCAGAGAGCAGAGUGAGCCGGCCUCAGCUAUGUCAGCUCUUCCUCCUCCUCUUCUUUCAGACCACCCAUCUACAGCCCAGAAAAGGGAACUGGAGGGAGUUGGUGGGAGGGGAGGGGCAGGUUUUCUGGUGCUGCACCUUUGAGGACUUCCUAGGGUUGGUGGGGUGGGGUGAGGGGAGCUUUGGCCUCCUCUCAAGACUUUGGGGAGAGGAGGAUUCUGGGAGGAUUUUUUCCUUGGUUUUCUGUCUCGACUACAGACUCUUGGGUUUUAUGGGCAGGCGACAAGGCAUCAGGAGAAACCUGCAGCAGUUCCUAGCCAAUUAUGGACAGUUGUGUGGGAGAUGGCCCUAUGAGGUGAAGCCCGGGGCAGGGGGAGCAGGAGCUCCCCAAAUUCUCUCCCAGCCUCUUCCCAACCCCACUGCCACUGCCAGCAGCUCUCCGCCAGAGACCUGGAUUGAGCCUAGAAAAAAAGAAGCAUGUGGUUUAAGAGAAAUUUUUUUUAAAUAAAGGUUUUAAUUCUGUUGAUAAAAGGUUAAAAAUAAAAUGGAAAAGAUGAAGCUGGAGAGAGGAAACAGUUGUCAAGGUAGAGAGAGAGCUGCCUACUCCCAACCCCUGGAUGCCCUAGAGGACGUCCUCAAAAUGGCUUUUAACAUGUGCCCCACCAAGCCACAGACACAACACCCCUACGUAUAUCCGGCCCUCGAAGAAGGACCAUUAGCUCUGUCUCUGUACCUUCUAAUUCAAUAAGCAUGAGGACAGCCAAUAAACCCUGCCUUUUAUUUUGUUUUUCUCCCACUAAUCUAUUUAUUUUUCCUUUCUUCUCCCAAUCUCCCAAGACUAGGAGGUGCUUGGGUUCCUUUCCAAGAUGUAGUGUGGAUUUUCUGAGGAGGGCUCUCUUUUGGAGGAGCUGAUGCUGGCCAGCUGGCACCAGCUAAACUUCCCUGCCAUGCUAUCUGGCUCUGGGGUCCUCACAGCUCCAUGGGAGGCCUGGAGUGUGGAAGGACCAAGCUGGAGAACAAACUGGAGGGCCCAGAGACCCACCUUCCUUCUCUCAAGAAAGCACAAGCUCCAGAUGGAAGCUUUCAGUUCUAGCCCUUGGUAGGAAUGAGAAGAGUGAAACGCAUCAAGCUGGGACACUCGGCUCUGCUCUUCCCAGUGGACCAGACUAAAGGAAACCUGGCCCAGAGAACUAGAAGAACUUUGCUCUGGCAUUGUCAAGCCCUAAGGGCUUCACUAACCUGAGCCUCGGAGAGCCACCAGAGUCCAAAUUCUAAGGAAACAGCUUCAUAUGUGCCCUAGAGCCAGCCAGGAAAAAAGCCUCCAACUGGAUAUAUGAUACAUUGGGAGCAGAAGACCUAGGACCAAAGCCUGAAAGAUUUGGGGAUCGUGCCUCUCUCUAGCGUGGGUCAUCUUGGAAAGGCUCCAGGAGCACCAGGGCCCAGGCUCCAGCUUCCUAGCAUAGCCAGAGUUUCUGGGCUUUGCGCAUUUAUCCAUUCAACAAACACUUUGCUUGCCUGUCAGCACUAAAGGAUGGGCCUAGGCCUGGUCUCAGUGUUUACCCGUCAGUCCCCCAGGGAGUAAAAGAGUUCACCUGAAUCUGGAGGGAUCCUAACCUGGACCAUUCUCUCCUGUUACCCUCCUUAUCCCUCCUUCCAGCCAGUGGUGUUCCAACCAGUCAUCAGCCUCCCCACUAACCAGAGGUUCUUCUGCCCAGCCCCGCCCUGUAUUCAGUCACACUCGUCAGGCCCCAGGGGCUCAGUGCUGAGACCCAUCACUUCCAUUGCUGCUGCUGCUAAUUCCCUGAUCUGUGAAGACACUUGACCAACACAGCUGUAACUUAUGCAAUUCUGUAACCGGAAGAGGCUCUUUGUCCAAGGAUGGUGCUGAAAUCACUGCCUUAAAGCCCUCUGCUGUGCAGAGACGGGGAUGCCUUUGUGCUGGUUGUCCCAGCUCAGAAGAAAAGGGGAUAGAGAUGGGCCUACUUCUGGCUCAUGGUCUCUUCUGAGCCCCGCCUGGAGCCCCAGCUCCGACCAAGGCCUAGCUACCUAACGUUGCCUAGUGCUGGUGGAAGGAGUACUCAGCCCCUUGUCUUCUGGUGCUGCCUAGCUAAUAUUAGCCUUCUGACCUGGAUUGUUACUGGCCAAUUGAGAGAAAGAAGAAAUGAGAAGCUUCUCCCUUUUUUUUGUCCUGAUUCCAACUGCCUGACAUCCCCCAAGGGCAUUCCGGUCUCCCAGGUAGCUGUGGAUACAGCCCUGGAUUUCUUUGGACUCCCUAGCAGAUAGCAUCAUGAAGGCUUCUCUUGUUGUGACUCUCUAUCUCUGUUCCAUUCCUGAGAUCUGUGCCCCAUCUCUGCUCUCGGUCUCCUGCUGCAUUCAGCCCGGGUCUCCUGCUGUCCCACCCGUAGGGUGAGCAUUUCCCCUACAAAGGGAGAGAUCUGACAUGCUCAGAAUUCUCUCAGGAGCCCGGGGAACCUGUUUACAGUUGCACAUCUGGGUCCCUCACUGGGAGGGAUCAAUCAUCUUGCAGAGAAAACUCAGACGUGGUGGUGGCUGCAAAAGGUUGAGCCUCCUCAUGGUGCUAUAACCCCCUGGGAUGCUCAGCCCCAGACUCUGCUGAAACAGAGAACUCGAUGUCUCCCUCACUCACUGCCCAAGAAUACAUGACAGGAGCAGACCCACAACAUCCCUUCUAGCUACAUCCCUCCUCCCUGUUCAGGCCAUAGGAAUCCCAUCUUCAGAAGAGGGAAUCAGGGGGUCCCAGAGUUGGACUCUGGUCCUCAGGCACCUUCAGAAGAUGCCAGCCUGUCCAGAGAAGGUGACUGCUCCUCCUCCCCCUUUUUUCCUGGAAGCCUUGAGUUGGGUAGGAAAUGCCAUAUCUGAUUUCUAUACCUAGCACCUUCUUUGGGGGAAGAGCCACAGUCCUGGGAGAGGUCACAUCACCUCUGCUGGGGAUGCAGGUGACCACCAAGUGAUGUGAUCCAGCUGUCUUUCUUUGCCCUGGGCUCUAAAAAUACAAAAGACUUCUAGGUCGCUAAGGGCAGGGACAGGAUGUAUCUGUUGGCUGCUUUCCUGUAUUCUGAGACCUCAUCACGGAGACUUUUCAAAGAAACCCCAAAUUGUGCAGCUCUAAGGUGCUCAUCUCUCUGUCCUUGUAUCAAUGUGUGUGCUUGUAUCUUGUCAUGUAAAUCCACCAUUAUUGAGCCACACACGGAGUCAGAGACUGGUAGGGAAAAAGAAACCGCUGAUGGUCUGUGGGGGACCCCAAUGGUGAAAUGUCUAUUAACUGGUUCAGUGCCAGAGGUCACUCUUAAAGCAUCAGAAUUCCCACAACCCCAGCUAGUGUCCUUAAGGACAUGGAAGGCUUUUUCUUAUAGCUUCUCCCCUUCUUCUGGUUAAUAAGUUCCCAAAAAGUCUGAACUUCCCCUCCUUCCACCUCCAGGAGAAUGUUCUCCGAGGCCUAAGGGGUAAAUGGCAUUUUCUACAGAUUCUCCAGGAAGAAAAAACAACUGACACCCAUCUCUAAAAAAAACUCUUUCCCCGGCAACUCCAUCCAUUUCUACCAUGGAAUUUUGCUUAUUUUGUAGGAAGGUGGUAGAAGCCAGUUCUGGUAUAAAGGAUACUACAAUUUCGAACCCUGAGAAAGCUAAGCAUCCAUGGCAACACCUAGCUAGUGUGGUGUAGGCUUUCUCUAUUUCCUUAUCCCCCUCACACAUUUAACGUGGAGUAUUGGGGACAGCUAGGUGGCACAGUGGAUAAAGCACCAGCCCUGUAUUCAGGAGGACCUGAGUUCAAAUCCAGCCUCAGACACUUCAUACUUACUAGCUGUGUGACCCUGGGCAAGUCACUUAACCCUCAUUGCCCCACCAAAACAAAACAAAACAUGGAGUAUCAUGAAAGACUUGAGUAUGAUUUUGCUAGUUAUUUCUCAGGUCCACACUCCUCUCCUCACCACCUUGUCCUGGGCAUACUGAAUUCCAUCUAGAUUGAGUAGUAAAAGGGACUCAGAAGUAUGCCUGUUGAUGAGUUCUUGCUUACUCUCCGAGCUUCUUGAUCUGACAGAAACAGGUCCCUGGUCAGAGAGGAAGCCAUGAUACUGGUGCACAAGCAUGAUAGCUAGCUAGGGUUCUAGCUGGCAUAUUCUGUCUCGUAACAGCAUAAGGCUUGUAACAAGCUUUCUAGUAGGUAAUUCAUUAAGUGGUGGGAAAUGAGAAGGCAGAGGUCCCUGGGUAAUCAUUCAGAAGUGGGUCAGCCAUGUAUAGCCCUGGAUCCACAGUCAACAGAAGCACAUUAAACCAAUUAAGUAAAAGACUGCCAACUCUAUUCUCCCCCUCCUUUGCAGAAAGGGUCCCCAUUAAGCGCCAGGCUCUCCAAGGAACUUCCCAAACAUGACUGUGACUACCUGGAAAGGAGAAAACAACUCUAAAAUGUGUUCAACCACCACUCUGAGGAAAAAUAGAACAAAAAUGCACUAGGGUGAGGUAGCUUUCAGGAGACCAGGGAAAGCUAAACAAGAGUUUCAGUUUGAGCCUGGGAGACAGAUUCUAGCUUCCCUGCAUAUGGAGUUCUUAGUUCUUUUUUGAGGAGAGUUUGCCUAUGACCCUCUGCUGUCUUGGAUAUAUUUUUCUUCUCAAUGUGCCAUGAAGAAUGUUGUGAUAUCAGGCUGGCCAUGGGACCGGGAGAGGUCCAUGGAUGUGUGAUUCAGCUCCUUAGUAUUUUAAAGGGAACUGUGAGUACCAUACAGUCCCCACAUUGAGAGAUUAAGGACUAGCAGUGAGAAGGUCCAAGAUUACACUUCUGAAGCCAUUUUUACCCCAUGUAGAUAUUUUCCUAUAUCCUUUUUUUUUAAGAGGCCACAAGGCAAGAGAGUAUUUGUCUAUGUCCCAGAUGAACAUGAGUGGUCCAGACAGAAAAGACAAUAGCCCUGAAACUGAAACUCUGAAAAGGGCCUUAUCCCAGGAGUGCCCCUUGACCCUUCCCUGACCCUUAUAUUGGAUCAGGGCCUUUUUCUGGUCCUGUUGCUAUAGGCUAACAAAACGUUUCUACGAGACAGUCAUCACCCUCAACCUCUUGUUCCUUUUUGCUUUGGAGGUUUUAGAGACUACCUUUGGGUGGGAGGGAGGAUUUAGCCAGAACCUCAUUACCCAGAACAGUUGGCUGACCUUUCUCCUCUUAUUCUAUUAAAGGUCCCCCAGCCUUCUUUAAAAGGCAUUCAGAGCAGCCAUGGGGAAUGGAGUCAUACAUGGCUUAGAUAUUUUGAUAGAGUUUAUUGGUUGUUUUUGGUUUUGUUUUGCAAUCUGAAAAGAGCUUCUUGUCCCAAAUUGAAAGCCUUUGUAGUUAGGGGGACCAUGAGAGAGAGCAGGAGCAAGCAGUUCAACAUGAGCUUCAAAUCAGAAGAGUUUCCCAAGUAAGAGAACUUCUUGCUGCAAGACAGAGAAAUACUCAUAGCCCUUCUAUUAGGCACCCACUUGCUUUUGGAGCACUGGUGCUAUAAGUAAGAGUCUGAAAAAAAAAAAGCUUUGAAGCCCCAAGAAUCGUGAACUUGGCAAAUUGCACUAAAAAGACCUUUAUCCUCCCCAGAAGGUACAUGACAUGCCCUCGGGCCACCUCCCUUCCCUUGAAGAGCUUCCUACUUUGCUGCCACCUCACUGAGGGUAGGGGGAGGGAGUGAUUGGAUGAGAGUUCCCAGAAUCCCCAGCCAGUCUCUUGGGCUACUGCUGCGCAGUGGCUCUUCAUUUCCCAAUGUUAGCUUUUUUCUAGAACAAGAUAAAAACUUUUUUUAAUAAAUCCACCUCCCCCACCCCCCACUAGACCCUGUCCUGUUUAAAGACAGCGCUGAUUAUGUGAUGGAAUCUUUCUCAAAUGCAUGGUAUUCCUCAAGCAUAGGGCAAGUGGGAUGGGCCAGGGAGCUUUUGUAAUACUUUUUUUUUUAAUUUAUUGGGAGCAAAAGCCCAAUCAACAGGUCCCCAGAUCUGUGUCUCUGUGUGUGUUUUCUUUCUCAUUUGGGCUCCCUUUAUUCCUUUCCUUCCACUUUCCUUUUUAUAUCUGAUGUAGAGAAAGCAACAUUGAACCUGGAAAGCAAACUGAUGUAUAUAGUUGCGGUAACAAUCAUGAAAAGAGCUGGGCUGUCCCCAUAGCAACCUGUUUUUAAUAAGAAAUUGAUUAAAAAUCCAAUCCAUGCCAGGGUCAGCUGGAGAGGCCAUCACCACCAGAGAGCCUCACCUGGCUGCCCUCCCUCUACCCCAGGCAUGUCUCCUCCCAGCUAGAUUCAUCUGUCUGAUACCAUUUGAGUUUCAAUAAAGUUAUCUCCUGUAUUGUC